AUGGCACAAAUGCCGAUAGAGCAUUCUUCCAAGAUUGAAGAUGAUACGGAGGAGUCUAACCAGGCUAGCUGCGCGGCUUGCAAUCUUGUGCGGAUCCCGAUGGACACUGGCGAGCAAGGCGACGUGACAUGGAUAAGCUGCGAUGGUUGCAAACGGUGGUUUCAUAUUGUCUGUGCUGGGUUCAAGAGUGACCGCGAACUCCGAACAGUGGACAAAUUUAUCUGUCGAGAAUGCCGUCCUAUUUAUGGACAGACUACGUUCGUGCGCAAAUCUUCUCGCGCUCGCACAGCUAUUGAUUAUGCCGGCCUCAACCAAGGGCUUGUCAAGGCCGCUACGGACUCUCUCGAACAUCACUACAUUGAACCCAUCCGACAGGGCAAAAUUCAGUUCCUACCUGAAAAUUUCCCACGAAUGCGUCCUGAGCUGGUCACUGCCGAGUAUUUCGAGCGAGGCAAUGGCAUGACGGAACCAAUUGUCAUCCCUGCGGAGUGGAACACUCGCGAGUCCGUUUCGAUCAGUGAUUCCGAGUUUGACACUCUAGUACAAGAGGCGCCUACGCAAGAAAUGUUCGACGAGCUGCUGGAUCAUAUUGUCGAGCAAGAGGAAGGCUACGAGCAAGUGAUAGAUUGUGGCCAGGAUCAGUUGGACAUGGUGAUUCCUGAAGGCCUUACCGUUCGAAGAGUUGCGGAGCUUUACGGACCGGAAGAAAGAGUCGAGGUCAUUGAUGUCAAAUCGCAGCAGAACGAAGACAAGAGGUGGACAAUGCAGAAAUGGGCGGAAUACUACGAGAGUACUGGCGACAAGGUUGUCCGAAACGUCAUCAGUUUGGAAGUCUCACAGAGCCCAUUGGGCAGGCUCAUUCGUCGGCCAAAGGUUGUCCGGGAUCUUGACCUUCAGGACUCUGUCUGGCCUGACGAACAGAAGGCCGUCGGCGACUGCCCGAAAGUCCAGUUCUACGUCUUAAUGUCUGUCGCUGACUGCUAUACCGAUUUCCACAUCGACUUUGGAGGGUCCUCGGUAUAUUAUCAUAUUCUGAAAGGCAAAAAGACCUUCUUCUUCAUCCCGCCCAAGGACAAGCACCUGAAAAAGUAUGAGGAGUGGUGUAAUUCUCCUGCGCAGGAUUCCACCUUUCUUGGGGACCAAACCAAGGAAUGCUAUCGCGUGGAUCUGUCUGAAGGCGAUACGAUGCUGAUCCCCUCGGGCUGGAUCCAUGCCGUCUGGACCCCCGAGAACAGUCUUGUCAUCGGUGGGAAUUUCCUUACGAGGCUGAACUACGGGAUGCAGAUUAAGAUCGCGCAGAUCGAGAAGGAUACCAAGGUUCCACGGAAGUUCAGGUACCCGUUCUUCCAGAAGAUACAAUGGUAUACCGCGUUGCGAUAUCUCGAAGAUGACCCGCUACCGCAGAGCGUUCUUGACGCCUUUGCGCAGGACGAAAACUACCGCUUCCACCGAGCGUAUCCGAUCUACUACGAAUUCGGCGAACGGACGAACAAUGCGCCUGCCGGGUCGCCUUAUCACAACUCGCGCUUCUAUUCUCAAGCGGAACUGGAAGGGCUACCAGAUCUUGCAAAAUACCUAUAUCACACUGCCCUCAUUGCUGGCGCCUAUCUGACGGAGGGCGUGACGAUGGAUACCAGGAAUGCGGUCAAACGCUCGAUACCUAAGAUGUCCGGGGAGCCAAUCGAUGCCGUAAGGAAGUUUGGCAUCUGGGUCGCCUGGAAGCGUGGCAAUGAGAGGGCACCGCAUUGGACCCGCCCUGGCGUGGCUGAAAGCAAUGCGAAACUCAGUCUCGCGGAGAAGAAACCCGCCGGAAGGCCCAGCCGUCGCUCAGAGCGUAAUGCCGAGAGCCAGCGCACGUACGCAGAAAGACAGGCUGUACAGCGGCUUCCAGAGCCGGCUCAUGACCCAGCAACCGAAAUGAGCAACAGUAGUGGCCCUAGUGGUCCGCUGAAUGCCGGAGCUGCUAUGCCAGACGGCCCGUCGAGCAGUGGCAUCAAAGAAGAGCCUGCUCCCAAAUCGCGCGCUGCACCCCGUGGCUCCGGACUGGGCCCUAAGCGCGUUGCCUGCGAUGCCUGUCGCAAGCGAAGGAUCCGGUGUCACCACAAGGAUGAACAUAACGACGGUAUUUCCAGCAAGCAAACGGCCGUGACCGCUUUCGGCCCCAGCAACCAUUCGUUAGCACACGACGCAGCGUCUGCGCUGAAUUCACUUGCCGCUAUUGCAUCGGAAGCAGGCUUUCAAGACAAUGGAAGUGGCAGGAACCCGGAUCGGUUUGAAGUCGCUGCCAAGUUCAACUCCGCCAUUUUGGGUACGCCGCGUGCACCGGUCAAUGGACUCGGACUCAAUGAUGCCAGUCCUGAAGGCGCCAACACCGGAAAGAAGGGCCGCAGCAAGGCCUGCGACGACUGCCGGAAGAGCAAGCGUCGGUGUAUCCACGAUGAGUACGGCCGUAUUGACCCUGUUAAGGCGCAAGAACGAGCAAAGCCGCGCGCUGCUGCUUCUGCCAAACGGCCUCGUAUCAACGAAGAAGGAACUGGGCCGAUGAUCAACAAACGGAUGAAGCAGGAGAGCACAUCGCCUACGUCGAGGCCGGCACAUCUCAGCAACAAUCGUGAAGCUGGUGCGCCGGGGACGCAAGAUCACCUGUCCGAUCAUGCUCAUGCAGCCGUGGAUCUCCAUGCCCCGUUCUCGGAUGCGCCGCUGGCUGAUAAAGACUCAAAUCGGCAGUCGGGAAUGACCGUUGGGGAAAAGGAAGCACCAUUGGGGCCAACCUCCUACGCAUCACCGCCUACGUUCCAGACUGACACGGUCGAUGCGAAGGAAAUAGAUUCUGCGCCUGUCUCUAAGCCUACUGCCACCCUUGUAUCACCGCCGACCUCACUGGCCGACGAGACCGAUGUUCCUCAGGAACAAGCAGACGGAGAAGGGGACCAUGUGGUAGUCCUGCACACACCAACCUCAAGUUCCCGGCACUCUUCGCGCCAACCGCGCCAGGUUGAUCGGUACAUGCCUGAGACGCAUGUUUCCAAGCCGACCAAGGGGACGACCCAUACCCCCACCGCCCGUCGUUCUUCGUUCGGCGGUUCAAGCGGUGGUGUGCGAAAAUCCACCCCAGGUCCUUCUUCAGGCUCCAAAAAGUCCGCAUCACGCCCCUCCUCGUCCUCGCAUGCCAAGAAGAGUUUCUGGUCAACCGACGAGAAAAAGGGCGACCGGCACUCUGCGACGUCAACAUCUCCUGGGCAGCCGGGCAAAAACCCUAAGCGGGUUGCGGACGAGGAGCCGGAUGCUGAGAGCCUCCGCUUGAUCCGUGAACUGCAAGAAGCCGAGUUCGGGCUACGCAAGAGAUCCACACGAGUGUGA